CUCAUCUUGUACCCCUCAAACCCCCAUCAUACACCUGAACGCACCCCCAACCUUCAGUUGAAAUCCCAACAUCAAUAUUUUGGACCGUUCACGCUAUGGAUCCUAUCAUGUCCGAUCAGGCGAAUCCGAUGACGAGAGGAAGAAAGAGAAGGGAGGUACUGGCAAAGGAUAAGGGGAAAAUAUUUGUUUGUUCGGACGCCGGAUGCGGACGCAGUUUCACAAGGGCAGAGCAUCUACAAAGACAUUUGUUAAACCACUCCGAUGGAGAGUAUACAUGUGGUCGAUGCAGGGCUCAUUUCAAGCGAAGAGAUCUUCUCGAAAGACACAUUUUCCGUCAUCAACAGAAGGACGGAGAGGCUGGUGCCGAAGGCUGCGGUAUCCUUAACACACGAAAACGCAUGUGGAAGGACAGUACCGGCAGGAUAGUCACAAAGAAGCCGGCUCUAUCAAAGCAGGACCAAGAUUCUCAGCCUAUUCCGCCACCACAGGACAUCAAUCUGCUUCAGUCAUUACCCGACUUCAUACCUCUCUCAUACCACAAUGAAGACGCUCCUAUAUCACCACCUAUCUCGAACAAUCCGUCUCUCAGGAACCCUUUGGAAGAUUUUGACCCAAGCCUCGAAUCAGGAUUUCCUCCAAUUGCUCUCGAUCCAAGGGUACUCACGGCAUCUGGCUCGUACUCACCCAUCGACCAGCAAUUUUGGUCUUCCAGCUUGUCACAGCCUGAGCCAGAUCCCGUCUUUCCAGUGACAUUCGACGAUGCUCCCCUCGACGAAAUCUUUAACCCAGACACGGCCAGCUCAUUUAACAACCCAUUCACUACAAUGAGCAACUACAAUUGGUUGUUUGACAUGAACUUGGCACAAGUCGACCAGAUUAUGCAGGAGCCAUUCCCCACGCUCUCCUUGAACACCCAUACCGUGCCACAUACAAGCCAUAGAUUUGACCUCCAGCUUGACCACAUGAACGUCGACAGGUCUCUGUCGACGGCUAGUCAGUAUGACUCGAUACAAUCACAGCAUACUGACUCCCCACAACAUCAGCUGUCAUCUGCACUGUCCAUAACACCGCCUCCCAGCAAACAUAAGACCACAUCGAUUCGGAACAGUCCGGUUCAGCUACUAUCUCAGUCUACCACUACCCAGAGAUCACUCGGGGUUGUAUCCCAGCCCCUUCAAGAUGAUUCAGUGAUUGACAUCGAACAUCCCAUGUCGAUGUUGUACCCGUCACGGAGCUUGCCGGUCAUAGAUGAACUUGCUCGAGCGCAGAUCCUUGACCUUAUCGACAUUACGCAACCCACCAUGGUUGAUGGCAAGAGCACACUGUUCAUCACCCGAGAUCACCCUUUGCUCUCACUGUCGUGUCUGCAAACAUAUUGUGACUUAUACUUUACACGCUUCAACACCGUGUACCCACUCAUCCACAUGUCCACCUUUGACCCCUCAGAGGCGGAUACAUUGCUUCUCAUAUCGGUGUUACUUCUCGGGGCAACUUAUGGGGACAAAGAAACACAUAAACUUGCGGUGUGCGUCCACGACGUCCUUCGACCACAAAUCUUUGCCAAUGCGGGCUUCUCUUCUAAGCCAGAUCUAUGGGUGCUCCAGACAAUAUUACUUGUCGAAUGCUUUGGCAAGAGCAGAGCAGGACAAAAACAACACGACAUGUCUCAUCUAUUUCACGGUCUACUGAUCAAUCUCAUUCGUCGAAGCGACUGCCAGAGCGUUCGCCCACCAACUUUGGAGGAUGCCACCGAAGAUCUUGAGGAUGAUUGGCAGACAUGGUGCAAUGCUGAACAGAAGAAGAGACUCGCCUUCCUGUGUUUCAUGUGGGAUACGCAACAUGCGGUUCUCUUUUGCCAAUCUCUUUGUAUGUCGGCGUUCGAACUCCGUUCCGACCUGCCGUGUGAUCAAUCGCUUUGGGAGGCAGAUACAGCCGAGGCAUGGCAUCACUUACGCAGAAAGCAACCCAAUACUCCUCUCUUCUUGACAUGCCUGAAGAUGUACCUCCACCCGGAAGCCGCGAGAUUGCCCAAAAUCAUGAAUGUGUUCUCCCGCUCGCUGCUUUUGCAUGGUCUGAUGUCUGUCGCCUGGGAUAUGCAGCGGCGAGACCAAACGUCUCUUGGCGUAAUUGAUACCAACCCUCUCGGAAACUGGCAAGCUCGCCUCGCAACUUCCUACACAGCCUGGCACAAGGAUUUCGAAACUUUUUGCACGCAGUAUACAUGCCGCCUCCCUUCACCGGACCACUACCUCGCCAAAGAAUUCCACGUUCUCCGUGCAGCUACACUCGCUCUCUAUCACUCCGCACAUAUUCUUCUUCAUACUCCGUUCCUAGACCUGCAAAUUUACGCAGGUGCGCGCCACAUCCUCGGGCGCCCGGUGGCUCGCCAUGACUAUGCACGUUCCCAGCGCAUAGUGAAGAAGUGGGUAGUAGACAACCUUCCGGAAGCAGGUAAAGCAAUCUGGCACGCAGCCGCUCUUGUAAACCAAGGAGUCAAAGUCUUAGAUGAUGGACUCGAAUCUACGGAUGUUGGCGGUGGACGCCUUUGGCAUCAUCCGUGGGCCGUGUAUUUAGGCACUGUAGUUGUCUGGGGUGUGUGGCAUGCGCGCCCUGUAUCACGAGACCCGGAAAACGUUCAGGACGACGAUGAAAUUAUAUGGGACCCACACGCUGAUAUGAAGACGCUACUUGAUGCAAUCUCGAAGAGCGAGCCAGGGAGGUUGCUAGAAGUUGGGUACACAGGAGGUGUUGCAGGAGGGAUGGAGAAGAAGGGGAUAAAUGGGAUGACUGCAGUAGUCAGCAAGUGCCUGAGCAAAGUCAGGUGGGCGGUGGUACAUGAUGGGAUGAUGGUACUUAGGGGUUUGGUGCAGUGGCGGUUGAUCGGGGGUGGAGGUAUUGGCGGGAUGUAAGGCAUGAAUGCAGCAUUAUUGUUUAAGACAAUCAGAUAUC